AUGGCUAUCGUCGGGAUAGCACGAGCCCUCCAGUCCGAAAACGGAUUCACGUAUCUCGCGGGAACGUGGAAGGAACAUUUACCACGAUCUUUAUUGUGGUAUAUCGAGACCGCGAAGGUGCGGAAGAUGGCUGAGCCUUUCUUGAUUCGGGAGCCACCAUCAAAACCCGUACCAACAUGGUCAUGGUUGGUCGGUCCCAUCUAUGUGCAUUGCGAUGUUGUCAUUCCUGGAGGAGGUAGUAAAAGAUGGAACCCUGAUCUAUACGAGGCAAAGUUCCUGUGCUUUAGAUGGCCAAAAGAGCCGGUCAACUACUCUCCUCCAACAGCCUACUACGACUUUGACGGCUUACGGAUCACACUCGAACUCGCAACUCAUACCUCCACGAUCCUUCCCAAGGAGCCAUAUGGCGAACACAACUGUCAUAGACUAAGCUGUGACAGUCUCGAGGAGGACUUAGCUUCAUGCCUUGGGCUCGACACAAAGCGUCUGGCAGCCUCUUACCACUGCGACGAUCUCGAAACAUUAUAUCAACCCCCGGCAGACGUACGCAUAGCUCUCGUUGCCGAAGAGGUGGAUCUCAACUACCGUCACGAUUUACAGGGACUGGCAUUGGCACCCGGGGUUGAAAGUGGCACAUGGAGGCGCAUCGGUUACUGGAAAGCGUGGGUUAAUCUGGGCGAUGACACAUGGGAAGCGGAGUCCAUCUUCUUACGUCUCGAAGGAGUGAAGAUUGAGACUAUUACUUUGGUUUAG